CACACUCCGCACAGUAACGUUCUCGCAGUCUUCUUGCGUUUUUGUGCGGUAGCGACUGUCACACCAGGAGGCAGAAGAGAACAGUGCGUCCGUGUAGUGUUGGACGGUGCUGUCAAAAGGCGCCAACAGCCAUACGGCUGAGCUAGCGGAGGAGGUGUCCGGCCUGUUUGCGUGGACAACAUGGACUACAAGACCAUCAGUCACCAGUGGGAUCUGGCUGUGCAGUACUGGCAGGCGGGCCGCUACGAGCAGUCGUACGAGUGCUUCGACGCCAUUGAGGACCCUCCGAUGGCCAUCGUCUUCAACGUAGCUGUGCUGCAGAUGAUGCACGAGGAGUAUGACAUAGCCCAUGAGAACUUCAGCAUCAUCCUGGCUCGAGAUCCGCAGUUUGCCAUCGCAUACUUCCUGCGUGGAAUUGUGGCCUACCACAGAGAAUUGUAUGGUCGUGCCAGGGAUGACUUUGAGCGGUGCCUUCGGAGCAUGGACAGCAGACACUUCAUCAGCUAUCGGCCGCUUGGAAUGAGCGCAGUCCUCACCGAAUAUCAGGUUCAGGCCAAUUUGGGAAUGAUUUGCACGCUCCUGGACGGCGAGUCUGGAAAAGGACUCUCGCACAUGGUCAACGCGAAGAGCAAACAGGAUGUCAUGCUCAAGGACGACGAGUUCAAGAAGGAACUGAGCGACAUCGGCCAGCCACUAGAUGAGGAGCUACCCUACUUCGGAGAUAUUGUGGAGAGCUGCCAGGACGGCAAAUGCCCGCUGGUGCAGUUCUCACCACUGCCUUACUUCCGAAACGACGGCUUGCUCUUGAAGCAAUUCAGACACCAGCAGGAGUUCAACAUCUGCUGCAAAGAUGAGGAAAGCAAAAGUGCGCACACCUUGUAUGAGAAGAGUGAGGACACUUUCAAGAAAUCGAGAAUUAGCGUCUUCGGGAAAAUGAAGGCGCUGAAGGGCCGUCAGGUAAACGCUCUGUCGGCUACACUCCCACGAGCGAACGCCACAUCUCCUAGUUUUCUGAGGAAGAGCAUUGUCGAUCCACUACCGCCCGUGGUCGUGGCACCUGCGUCACCGGGACGGCCUGAAUCUCCAGUGGUGCGCAAACGCACGUCGCAGUUCGACUGCGGUGGAACUACCCUGGCGGGCCAGUCGAACGACGUGGACUUGGGGAUCCGACGCCGAUCGCGGAGCUACCACUGCGGACUGGAGGCGGUGAGUCUACUCACCCACCCGUGCAGCAGCAUGACCGACAUCGUUGCCGGUGUUUCUCUCGACGAGCCCCCGGCGCUGACGCGGCGAUUCAGUCGCAGUCGCCGUCGCUCUCGUUCCGCCGAGCCGUCCAUGCUGGAGUUUGACGAGAACAGCGAGGACAACAACGCCAUGAUCUCCAGUCGCCGCUCUGUGCCAACCUUCAGUCCCAUUGCCAUGGAGAUGUCGUUGUCGAGGGAACGCAGCUGCAGUUUGUCGAAUAUCCCCGCCGCUGCUGGAAGCGAUCCCACCAGUCCCCCCGGCGUUGCCAGUCCCGGUCGCUUUACUCGCAAGGUGGAGAGUCCUCUCGUUCGAAGUGGUAGCGCAACGCAGUUCACUUUCACCGAUCCGCCAAAACCGGCCGCACAGUCGCCAACACCAACCAAACCAUCUCAGAUGAACAAGGUAACCACGCCAAACGACUCGAGCCACAAACCAUCCCAGCACGGUUUGCACUUGGACCAGCCGACAUCUACGCACGACAAGGAACGGGGUAAAAGCCCGCUUGCAUCUUACGAACCUGCUGCCGCUGUUAGCGACGAGGAAGCCGUCAGACGAGUCAAGUCACCUAUUCGAAGCAAUGUCGUGAAACCAAAGCCGCCUCUCCACAACGACGACGAGUUUCCGAACAAAGUCCAGACGUCACUGCGACGGGAUGAGUCCGCUAGCAGUGUGAAAUCCUAUCUCCACAGGCACGAGUCGUCGUCCAGCUGCAUGACAAACUGCUCGUCCACGUCCGGAGGCAGCGCCAGCAUCGGCAUGCAGUCGGAAAGUGAUUGCUUCCGGCCAGUGCAGUCGUCCGGCAACUCUGCCCACAAGGACCAGCAACGCCGCCAUCAUCAUCAUCGCCCAUCCACCGACUCCGUACCGAGCGAGGUAUCCGGCUUUGCCAGCGAUGGCAGCAGUGCAGCCGAAGUCGACAUGCCGACGAUGCAGCAGCACAAGCGACCGGCACCGCAAGCGUACAAGAUAUCGUGCAACAUGCAGGACCUGGUCGAGAAGAUAUCCGGCCUGGGCCAACACCAUCGACGGGGAUACACAAUCAAUAUCAUAGUUCAGAACCAAGCAGUGUGAUACCCGUGUUGCAUUCACUGUCCACUUGAGCGCGGCGAACUGCUGCACCGUAUUGCCACAAGCCAACCCAUCCGUCCCCUUGAUUCUAGCCACACCAUGAACAUCAUGACAUUGUGGGAUUUAGCCAGGACUGAGAAUACUAGAUCUUAGCCAACCACGUAUGCUCAUUGCCCUCUGUUAUGGUCAUCCUCCUUUCCACGAACAUGCUUUAGAAUGUUCUGAGCACGCUUGAGCCCUGAGCACAAAUUGUAGAACGAAAUUGAAAGAAUUAUUAUGAUCUACGAGUGAGUGCAUGAGCCGCGCAGAGCUUCAUUUCUAGUUUCCAGGCACUUGUUGCUCAGCGGCUGACCUGUUUUGCACGUGCCCUCAGCUUUACAUACAUAAUUUUGGCACGUUGACUGCUGGUGCGCACUUGACGCCGCUGUGUUAUAACUCAACUAACGCUUGCCCUUGGCAUUGCACUAUGUAUGUAGUGAUUAUUAUACCACCACCACAACCCUGUCCCAGUCCACUAUUGGCUUGGUGCCAGAGGUGACGGGGUUCAGAAAGAUCAUGCUCUUUUCCUACAGUGCAUCGUUAGUUAUUCACCCA